UUCUUCGAAAAUUCAUUUAAAAAGACUCUAGUAUGAGAUCCGUAUAUAUUUUAUUAACAAUGUUCUGUCUAAUACCAUUUCAAUUGUGUCAAGAAUCUCGUUUUCUAUUCAAUCCAGCCCAUUUAAUAGAUUCCGCACGAUCUGUUGUUACCGGCAUAGGAAGUCAGGUGGUUCAGGGAAUAUUCUCACCCAGAGAUCUAUUAAGAGGUUCUAGACAAGUAUUAUUUGGUUUACCCGAAGUGGCGGUAUUUCGUACAAUACAUGAGCUAUGUUCAUUAUAUUUAUCUUCCGGUAAUAUUAAUCCCAUGAUUACACCUGAUAUUCAACAAAUGUAUUUUCAAUUGCGUACACCUUGCAGUAGUCUCAGUUAUCCCAUAGAGCAGGCGGGACAAAUUUUAGAUAUCGAUGAAUUUGAUGUUAAUAAACCUGUAGUUUUAUUUAUAAGUGGUUGGACUUCUACCAUAGAAUCUGAUAGUAUAUUACAUAUGUCUAAGGCCUAUAAUUGUCGGGGAGGUUAUAAUUUUUUGGCCUUAAAUGCGUCUUAUUUCAUAGACACUUUAUACACCUGGUCCGCUUUUAACACCGAAGCCGUAGGCCGCAUAGUAGCCCAAGGUCUGGUACAACUCUAUAAAGAAGUACCUGCUGAAAAUAUUCAUUUAAUAGGCUUUAGUUUAGGUGCCCAUAUAGCCGGCUUUGCAGCACGUUACUUUGAAGAGGAGACUGGAGAAAAAAUUCAACGUAUUACCGGUUUAGAUCCAGCCAAUCCCUGCUUUGGUGAGGGUCAAUCUUUAGCUGGUCUGCAAAAAGGUGAUGCCAAUUUUGUCGAUGUCAUACACACUAAUCCUGGAGCUUUGGGUAAACGUGAUCCUUUAGGUGAUAUAGAUUUUUAUGUACAGGGUUUUGCUCCGAUUAAACCCGGUUGCAGGGCAUUUGGUUGUUCACAUACCAGAGCUUGGAAAUAUUAUGCCGAAUCGGUAUAUCCUGGUCAUGAGUUGGAUUUUUUAGCUACACGUUGCAGUACUUUAAGAAAAGCUGAAAGAGGUCAAUGCAAAGCAUCUACAGUGUUCAUGGGCAUAGAAGUGCCCCUUAAUGGGAAGGGUACUUAUGUGUUGAGGGUUAAUUCUGAGGUUCCAUAUGGCGAGAAUGCUAGUUAUAAUAGUGAUUUAAUAUUAAGUCAAUGUGGUUUUUGUGAAGAAUAAUAAAGUAUUCAAAGUUUUUUAAAAGACAGUUUAAAAAGAAAAUUGUUCAUAAUUUUGUAUCCAUCGCAAUUUCAUAAAAUUUGUUUUAAAUUUAAAAAGAUUCUCAAUAGUUAUUAAUUUGCAAUGUAUAAUAUUUUUAAAUUUUAUUUAAUAUGCA